AUGGUGGUCCAUCAGAGGUCUCCUGAUGAAGCAUUCGACCCAUUAACGAGGAGUCCGGAGGGCAACCCGCGGCAGUCACUAUCACGCGGGAAACGUGGCGGGGAAACAUUAUCUGACACCGAGACUGAGUUAGAGAGUGAUGCAGGAAAUGAGUCCGGUGAUGAUGAUGGCGGCGAUAAGGGUGACGAUGACUCUGAUGACAGUAAGGAUGAUGAUGAUGAUGGUGGUGGUGGCAACAGGGAUGGUGGCGACACAGGUGGGAGUCAGGAUAAGAGGCCUCUUAGCCCUUUUACCGGGGAGGAGAAUUUCGAUUAUUCCACGCAGGAUCCUAACCAUGGUUCUCGUCCAGGAGAAUCACGACCUUGUCUUGUUUACAAUAAAACAUACACGCGUAAAAAGCUACUGCAGAAAAAGAAGACUCAUAAACUUUCAGAUUUUGAGGAGGAGCUGCUAGCAAAAUAUAUGAGGAACACAAGCGUUCGUGGCAAGCGAGCAGCUGUCAACCCACCUGCUGGUCAAAAUGGUAUUGAUCUUUCCUACCAUUCUAUCCUUCAAUCCCUUUCAUUUCAUGAAGCUUCUGCUCUUUUUGAUUGUUGGAAUUUCUGGCACCCAAAACAGCUUUUCUAUAAGAACAGCGACUGUGAGAGAGAGGUUGGUUAA